AUGGAUGACAAAGCGACUGAUAACGAAGGCAAUGGGGACUACGACGGGUCAUUCGACCCUAUAGCCAUCAUUGGUAUGUCAUGUCGAUUCUCUGGAAUGGCGGAUACUCCCGAUGCCUUUUGGCAGAUGCUAUCCAAAGGCAUGACCAGCUGGUCUAGAGACGCUCGUAACAGAUUCAAACUGGAAUCUUUUUGGCACCCCAAAAACGAUCUUGCUGGUUCAAUAGGCUUUACCCAGUCUUUCAAUGCCAAUGGGCUCCACCUACUUCGACAAGACCCUGCCGCCUUCGACAACGACUUCUUCAGCAUUAGUGGAUUGGAGGCACAGGCCAUGGAUCCUCAGCAGCGUCUCAUGCUAGAAAUGGCACACGAAACCUUCGAGAAUGCUGGUCUCACUGUAAAGGUGCUUGAAAAGUCUCAGACCGGAGUAUACUGUGCUUCAACCUAUCAGGACUACGACCAGAUUUUGGGUCGAGAUCCUGAGCUCUCAGCAAAAUACCGCUUCACUGGUACAGGGGCGUCAAUGCUAGCUAACCGCAUAUCUUACUUCUUCGAUCUACGUGGACCCAGCAUGACUAUAGAUACCGCAUGCUCUAGUACAUUGGUUGCCAUACAUGAGGCUUGUCGUGCUCUCCGUAUGGGUGAUAUUGAUCAGGCGUUGGUUGGCGGCGCGAACCUCAUUUUGGACCCAGACAAGCUCAUGGUCCAGUCCUCUAUGCAGUUCCUGUCGCAAGAUGGCAGAUGCUACAGUUUCGACGCUCGCGCUAGCGGUUACAGCCGUGGUGAAGGAGUUGCUGGUAUCAUGCUCAAGCCGUUAAGUGCAGCCCUGAGGGACGGGGAUUCUGUCCGAGCUAUUGUUCGUGGCACUUCUGUUGUCUCAGAUGGUAGAACUCCAGGCAUCACCAUGCCGUCAAUGGACUCUCAGGUUGAGGCUAUUACCAAAGCGUACGAGCAGGCAGGCCUUACUUUGGCCGACACGAUAUACAUUGAAGCACACGGCACGGGGACUAUAAUUGGCGACAAAGCCGAGGCUUUAGCAUUCGCAACGACGAUGGGCAAGGACCGCACAGAGAAAAUCUUCGUUGGAAGUGUCAAGUCCAAUCUGGGACAUAUUGAAAACGCAUCUGGCUUAGCAUCUGUAAUCAAGACGGUUUUGGCGAUCGAGAACGGUGUCAUUCCGCCAGUUCCAACCUUCGAAAAACCUAGUGAACAACUUCCGCUUGAUCAGAUGGGCAUCACUAUCCCACGCGAAGCAACCUUGUGGCCAGUAGGAGCGCUGAAACGUGCUUCUAUCAACAGCACUGGAUACGGCGGAACCACGUGCCAUGCUAUUAUCGAAGCGCCUCCAAGAUUCCAUUCUUUCGGCGCAUCUGAAAAAACAAGGGAUGCUGCUGAGACGGCCUCAGAGCACCGCAGAGCUUAUCUUUUUGUAUUUUCACAUCAUCGGGAAGGAGGAAUUGCCAGAUGGGCUACAAAGCUGAAGCGUCAUCUGACAGCACCCCUUCAGGCUAAGAAUGUCUGCAGUCCAGAGACACUAGCAUUCACGUUAGGCUGCCGCAGAUCUCACUUCGCGUGUCGGGCAGCGAUGGUAGCCUAUGAUAACCAUGGGUUAUGUGGGAAGAUUGAGGAUAUGUUAAGGGGCUCAAUCAGAGAGACUAACUUUAGUGGACAACACAAAGUUUGUUUCGUUUUUACGGGUGAGUGUCAAGGCGCUCAGUGGCCUCGAAUGGGACAAGAAUUGCUGUCCAGCUAUUCAGUAUUCGCUCAAGCGAUGAUGACUGCAGAAGAAGAGUUUCAAGAACUGGGAGCGGAGUGGAAGUUGAUUUCCGAGAUCUCUAUGGGAUCAGAGGCUUCAAUCGUGAACGAAGCACAUAUUGCACAACCCGCUUGCACUACAUUACAGAUUGCUUUGGUUGAUCUGCUGAUUACGUGGGGUAUACGACCCGCUUUCGUCUGUGGUCACUCGAGUGGGGAAAUAGCAGCAGCAUAUGCCGCUGGAGUUCUCACAAGGAAAGACGCACUUCGCGCUGCAUACUUUCGUGGAUGCGCCAUUGUACAGUUGAAGAAAUCUCAUCCUAACCUGGAUGGUGGAAUGUUAGCAGUCGGGCUGCCCGAGACCGUCGCAAGGAAAAUAGUCGACGAGUCACCCGAUCAGCUGGCGAUUGCAUGCGUCAACAGCCCUUCUAGUGUUACCAUCUCUGGUGACAAACCACGGCUUCAAGAUUUACAGUCACGCCUGACUGGUGAAGGAGUGUUCAGUCGAAUGCUUGCUGUCGAUGUUGCUUACCACUCGCAUCACGUGGCUCAGGUAUAUCGAGAAUAUUUGACCUGGAUUUCGGGGAUCAACCCUCGAGCGGCACAUAACGAAACGAUCCUUAUUUCUUCUGUUACAGGUCGACCGAUGGAUGGAACUGAAAUGGGUCUGGAGUAUUGGGCGCAAAACCUAGUGCUACCAGUCCGCUUCUCUGAUGCAAUUACCAGUAUUGUUUCAACGCUCUCUGAUGGAAACAACAGCACAACAGAGACAGACUUGAAGCUUUUGGUAGAGAUCGGACCCCACAGUGCACUUGAAGGGCCAAUCAAACAGACGGUCAAGGCUUGUAACCGAUCGCAGACAACGACUUAUGCCUCUGCUCUUGUCAGAAAUCAGGAUGCCCUUGAAUCUAUUCUCGAGCUGGCGGGGAAGCUUUUCUCUCAUGGUGUUCGCGUCUGCUUGAGGGGCGUAAAUCAUCCGAUAGAAGAGCCAAAGGAAGCAGUUCUAACUGGGUUGCCGCCAUACCAGUGGUUCCACGACAAGGUACAUUGGCAGGAAUCACGUCGUAGCAAAGCGUACCGCUUUCGACAUCUACCUCGACAUGACCUUCUGGGCGUCCCAGCCGCGGAUAGUAUCAGAGAUGAACCUACUUGGAGGAACUAUCUGCGACCCGCCGAAAUUCCAUGGUUAAAAGACCAUUGUAUUGGCGGACAGAAGGUAUUCCCUGGUGCAGGGUACAUCGCCAUGGUAGUUGAAGCAUUGAGAGAGAUCAAAACGCUUUCAAGAGAUGGCCAAUGGAAAGGUUCAGUGGUAUCGUUCAGAGAUAUCCAAUUCGAAAGUCCACUGCUGAUAACAAAUGACAACACCAUCGGGGCACAAUCAGCUUCCCAAUCAUCCAGCACAUGGAAGGAGUUCAGGAUCUUCUCAAUAUCCUGCGAGGGCGAAUCAGUUCAGCACUGUCGGGCAUCGACCCAUGGAAACAACCCGCCUUCGGGGCAAUGGAGGGAAAGAAACCCCACCAAAUUCUACAGGGACAUGCGUACGCUUGGCAAUGAGUACUCGGGCCCGUUUUCAAUCAUUUCCGCUAUUCAGACCCGGGAGUGGGAGUCGAGGUGUAAUUUCGCUAUAUACGACGUUCAGUCUAUGAUGCCAGGAGAGUAUCAACAGAAGCAUUGUCUGCACGCAUCCACGAUGGAAGCUGCCUUGCAGUGUAUAUUUUCAGCGCUACAGGCUGUUGACCGACUCAAAAACUGCACCGUUCUGACAUCUAUCGCGGAACUACAGGUGUCAACAGAUAUACCCUCCGCACCGGGAUCCGAAUUUUGCGUCCAACAUUCGUCAACACUUCAAGCUAAUGGCUUAAUAUUCACCACCCUUCAGGAUGCCAGUAAGAUGAACACUGGCGAUCGAGAAGCUCCGGAGCUUUGCCAUGAACUGGAAUGGGUCAUUGACAUAACCAAGACGCCAUGGAAUGCCAUCGUAGAACAUUGUCAGAGAGAAGCCAUCGCAGUGGAACCGUUGCACUUGCGUCAGAAAUGCGACCCCUUUUGUCGGAAAGCCAUUCAGGAAACACUUUUGGGAGAUAGGAGACACCUCCUCCGUUGGAUGCGUUCCGUUGAAACUGAGCCAUUCGCGGCGAUUGGCGCUGUCGGAGAAGCAGUUCAGCAGAUGGGGUCUCACUUACGGGACAUUCUUCUAGGAGAUGACCUCCUAUAUCGAUGCUACCUCGAUGACGACAACCUUCUUCGAUGUCAUGCACAAAUGAUUGAGUAUCUUCAACUUGCACAACUCAAGAGUUCGGAACUGCGCAUCCUCGAAGUAGGAGGUGGGACAGAGAGCCAUGAUGUUUCAACGCACUUUAUCCGUCACACAAAACAUCUCCUCGAGCAGUGGCAUUCCAUCAUGGAAUUUCAAAAGUUCGACAUUGAAAAAGCCCCUGGGGACCAAGGACUCGAGCUCAACUCCUUCGAUUACAUCAUCGCUUCAAAUGUAGUACACGUCACGUCAUCUUUGGAGAAAACACUUUGCAAUCUUCGCACUCUCUUAAAGCCAGGAGGGGCACUAGUAUUCAUCGAAAUCACCAAUCCUUCAUUGCGAUGGGGUAUAUUUGGUGGCGCGCUACCUGGUUGGUGGCUUGGCGUGAACGACGGCCGGGAGUCUUCUCCACUCUUGUGCGGAUCCUCAGACCAUGAGAUGAAGCGCGUUCCAGGCUUCCAGAAGAUUGCCAUCAUUAACACGAAGCAAACUGUGGAGCUUUCCAGUAUGCUGAAAUGUCAAUUCGAUGUCCAUAACGAUCGCUUCUCUGUCUUACAAAGCCACUUAUCUGGAAUUGAUGCGAAUCAAGAUCAGUCAUACUUGGAAAAACCUUCAGAGACAGAGUGGAUCGCACUGCAGAAGAUUGUUGAGUCUACUGGAACAAUCGUUUGGGUGACCUUUGGAGCCACAGCCGAAUGUUCUACGCCUCAUCACGCUAUAAUCACCGGCCUGAAUAUCGACCCCGAAUCUGCGAACAGCACAGAAACGAUCCUUCUCCCUACGUUUGGGACAAGCUUCGAGUUUGAGUCCGAGUACGUGAUUCGAAAUGGCACAGAUACGGUAUCUGAGUAUCACCCACGCCUGAAGGAAAUUUCUCAUGGGUCUCAUCCUUUGAGAUUGCGAAUCCGACAUCCAGCCCCACUCGGCGAACAUGAAGUUCAAGUGGCCAUGGGUCAAUUAGGUGCUGAAAUGAACCUCCUUGUAGAAGGAACCCAGUACCGAUUUACCAAAGGUGACAAAGUUUGUGCCUUCGGUCCAGAUGGUACAUCUGCAGCAGUUCUAGUCGCUUACUUAACGGCACUGCAUUGCCUCCGGGAUGUUGCUCAUGUCAAACCCGUUGGCCAAGCAGCAAUCGUCGUUGCGCGACAUUUGAAAGCAGGCAAGAUCUUUCUCACAGUCAGCUCCCAAGCAAAACGAGAUCAACUAAAAGAGAAUACGGACCAUACCUUCAAACGUGGAAUUUUGUUGCGAACCAGUAAUCGAGGAGAUGCAUUGACAGAGACUGCCAAUCUCAUAAACAAUGGGAGAUUGGAGAUGAAGAAGUUGUUGAAAUGCAUCACAUUCGCAGUCGUGGAUCUAGUGCUACUUGCUAAAAAUGCAUUGCAGAUUGUCAGCUCAACAAUCUCUUCAACCAUACGUCCCAUUGAUAUCAAGCCUGCUGGGAAGCAUGUAGGCAAGAUUGUGCUGAAACUUGAUUCAGCCUCAACUGUCAGGGUUCAACCACAAGUGCCGCCAUUACCCAAACUGCGACACGACAGUUCAUACUUGGUAGUCGGUGGUACUGGAGGUUUGGGUCGCGUUUUGGAAAUGAGAAACUUGAAACAGGAGUUGUCUCAAAGUUCGACCAUCAUCGCAGAGGUCCAAGGCAAUCUCACCCAUGAUCGUCCAUUAAGCGGCAUUUUCCAAGGUGCAAUGACGCCCGAGACUGGACUUUCCAAAGACAUGACAGCGCAAGAUUGGACGGAAAGCCUCUCUGCCAAAGUGGAAGGAACUAUCAAUCUUCAUGAAUCAUCAUUCCAGGAUCUCGACUUCCUCAUUUUACUGUCCAGUAUCGAUGGCAUUGCUGGUGCCCCAGCUCUCAGCGGGUACUGUGCAAGCAGCACGUUUCUAGAUGCCUUUGCUCAGAAUCGUGCGCACCACGGUCAUCCUGUUAUCAGUAUUGAUGUUGGAAUGAUAGCUGGUGAAGGGAUUGUAGCUGAAAAUGAGCAUGUUGCGAUGUCUCAUCGACGCCUGGGCUUGCGUGAGUACACGAUUGAUGAGUUUUUAGCGGUGCUGAACUUUGCGAUGACGAAUUCUCGAGCGAGCAAACCGAAGAAUGCUCAGAUCAUAUGCGGUGGUAGACGUCAAGUCCCAGACUCGUUCCAUGGAGAUCGGCGAUACCAAGAUCCUAAGUUUCUGCAUGUCUAUAAGCGAACACCUGACCGUCACCAUGGAACUCGCGAUGGGAAAGAAGACGUAUUUGAUAUCCAGACAGCAUUAAGGACCGUCAAAACACCCAAAACGGCAAAGGAACUCACCUGGCGAGCAUUGAGAGCCAAGAUUGCACAGCUCCUGGUGCUUCCUGAGCAGGACUUGCAACCUAGUCGCUCAGUCGCGAGUUACGGUAUGGACUCUUUGGUUUCGGUAGAGUUACAAAAUUGGAUGUCAAAACUCUUAAGCGCGCAGAUUCCAUCCCUUGAGCUAAUGAGCUCUCGUAGUAUAGCGCAGCUGGCGGAAGAUGUUGCAAAACGAUCGUCUCUAGUACCUACACACAUUUUCCAAACAUAG